UUCGUCAAGGUUAGCGAGCUGUUAGCUGAUUGGUCCAGUCAGAUGUUUUGAGUUCACGCCGCGCAGGCUCAGCUGUAUUUCACUUUUGCCGGUGUACCUUUGGACUUGGAAAGUUUUCGUGUGGACAAUUAAACUGCUGUUUAAUUAAUUACAUUUAACUUUAGUUGUUUAUAUUCGAGUAAUAGCUUCAGUGUUCAUAUUAAAAUGGUGAGAGUCGUCAGUCAAAAUUUUAGCCCUCCCAGAAGUAGGCACUCGUCUGGAGAUACGGAUAGGGAUCUUGCAGAAAGAACUAACUUGGCUCUGUCGUCUCUGGGUCGUAAAAAAUGCGAUUUGCCGGAAUAUGAAUCUUCUAGCGACUCAUUCUGGGAUUCUGAAUUGGAUGGUGAACAUUAUGACACGGUCGUAUCUGAAAGUGGAGAAAAUAGUCAAGAUAUUAAUGGCAAUGCAAAGUCGGAUGUUCAGAGCAAGAGAAGAGAGCGUCGAAGAGAACGCAAUAAGUUGUCAGCACAAGCAUAUAGAAUGAGAAGAAGAACUCAGAAUGUUAAAGAACAGCAAGAAUUGAUGCAUUUGGAGGCAGAGAACAAAAGACUUCAUAAACUUGUUGAAGCGUUGGAAAAGAAAAAAGAAGAUGCAAGACAGCGCCUUAGAGGUUGUUCAGUUGCGGAGCCACUGGGAGCUGUGGGGGGAAUGUUGCCUCCUCAGCCUUCAACCCAUAAAGAAAUAGCCCACACAGGCAUCAACACAAAUAAUGGUCCAAGUUUUAAUGCCCGCCAUGAUUAUACCACUUAUCACCCUCCCUUAAACCCUCAUCCUGCCUUAACACCAAGCCUUCCUCAUCCUAACCAGGUUCCAUUUAAGGUACCUGAAAAUGCUGAACCAGUCCUUGUAAAUAGCAACUCACCAGAUCGCAAAAUAUUCUGUCCAUCUAACCAGAACAGUCCCUCUUCAGCUCGCAUCUUUUUCAAUUCUAAUGAUUUCAAGGGCACAUUGAUUCUGCCAGAAUUUGCUAAGCAGAUACCAGCAGUUUGUUUCCCUGCUGUCAUUGCUGUUCCUUUGGAGAUAGAAGAGAAUACUUUGAACCUCAACUUAAACUGUAAGCCUGUCAAAGUCUCUUUCCCCAAAUCUAAUCCCACUGAACCUCCUUGUCCAAUGUCUGAUGAUCUUUGUAGUGGCACGCUGAAAAAUGAAGCUUCAAAUGCCACUUGGUGGAGAGCCAAUGGUAAUCCACAAUAUGGCAGUCAGGGAGAGUCCAUUCCAGAAGCAGUGUUCAGUGGUAAAAUGGAAAUGUGCAAUGCAAACAUGAACAAUAGUAAUUUUAGAAGUAUUGCCAAUGAUCCUAAUGGGAAUUGUGAUAAAAAUUUACAUAUGCAACAGUUUGGUGCCAAAUCUCCACAGUCUUUCAAUAUGAAUCACAUCAUUGAAGAAACAGAGCAGACCCAAGUACCAAUGGCUCAGCUCAAGGCUAGGCAUCCUAAAAAACAGUACUAUGACCAGCAUAUGCCAGUUUCUGUUCAGUAAAUGCUGCAAACCUAAUGUAAAAAGGUAAUAAAUGCACCAUUGUUGUAAAUUUUUUUUAAGUUUUUUAAAUCCUUGUAGCUGAGAUUUUGAAAAAAAAAAAAUCAAAACACUUGUUUUUUUGCAAUAUUUUUAUCAUGCAACACUUUGAUUUUUUUUUCGUUUGAAAUUGCAUGAUAACUUUUACAUUUGUAUAACAUUCAUACAUUUAAUGUGCACAUAUUGCACCACCAAAUGUAAAUUUUUAAAAUACCAUUCAUUUUGUUUGAUUUCAAUUAUUUUACUUACAAAUUACUAUGAUCUACAUAGUAGUGGUCCUAGAGUGAGCCAUCCAAGAUCUGAUUUAUUUAACUAAGUUUUGUUGCAAGAAAUCUUUUUAUUACUGAUAAUAGUGCUUGUUUGAUGGAACUAGUUAAAGUGGGUUAUCCUAUUUUAUCAUUCAUAUAUUUUAUGCGUUUAUUUUUUUUUCAGCUGUAAUUGUAUUCUUUUGUCCACUGAUUGACAGUCUUUGGCUUUAAAAAAAAAUGGGUGAUGGAAACAUUUUGUCUAUUUUAAUAUAAGUAUAGUCUUUUUAUUCAUAAUUGUGAUACACAAAUAAAAGAAUGUAAAUUAAUUGUUUUAAACCAAUAUCCUUCCUUUUUUUUUCUUUACCUUAAUGAGCUAAACUGUUUUCAGAAACAUGAAAUUAUAGGCUCAUUACAGUUAAUGUAGAAUUACAAUUUUACCUGGUCUUUUCCUUAAUUACAUUUGUUUUCUAUAAGUAAUUUAUAACCAAGUUUUUAGCCUAAAGAUUAUUCUAAUAACCAUCCCAUCAAACCCCCCUCCCCUUGUCUUGUUUCUCUGCUCUAUGUGGGCAGCCAUAAAGUUAACAGAGGCCUACAUUGUGAUACUGCAUUUUGUUCUCCUUCUGUAUUUGUUCCACUUUAUAUUUAGCCAGAAAUGUUUUACUUUUAUUGAAAUUUAAUAAGUUGUAUUUGUUAACAUUGUUUUUUUUUUUUUAAUAAUUUUAAUAUGUGGCUGUCUUCAUUCCAUAAUGCCUAUAAGUGUAUUCUCAGUGCACAUUGAUGUUAGAUUGAAUCAUAAAGAUUUAUUCUUUUUUAUAUAAAUAUUCACUUGGUAAAGAGCUCUCUAGGCCUUUGAGAAAAGGUAACUUACGAACAUGGGGUACACUUUAGAAUAGUCUCAAAACCAUUUACAAACACAAAUCUUUGUCUAUCUAUACCAUUAGGGCCAUGUUUCUUUCAUAAAAAAACCCAGUUAAGAUUGUUAGCUGUCCAUGACAAGUGACAACUUCUCAACAUUGUGACAAAAUGAUCUAGCUGCCAUAUAAUAUUGCCAACAAUUGUCUCCAUGUUCUUCAGCAUUUUGUAAUUAAUUUACACUGAAAUUGUCCACCCUUUUUAUUUCUACGAUUCAUCCAUUUAACCUAUUAAUUAAAUAGUAAUUUUUUUAAAUAUAUUAAAUUUUUUAGGAAAAGUAUUGUACAAAUUCUAAUGUACAUUUUUAAAGAAUUUAUAAAUAAUGACUUAAUUUUUUAUCAGUUAGUAAUGUUUAUACCAAUACAAUAAAAAAAAAAAAGUACCGUUACUUUUAUAAUUCUAUUUCGUAAAAUAGUGUUAUUGUUAAAAAAACUUCCAUUACAUACACCAAUAUUUGUAACAAGUUUUGAACAUUGUUUUUACAUUUAAAAAUGCUUGUAUUGUUUUGUAGUAUCAGGAUACUUUUGCCUUUUAACUUCAAUCUCAUUUCCAUUAUGCAUUGAUGUAUUAUUAUUAUUAUAGACUUGCUUUUUAAUCAUAAUGUAAAUAGAAAUGUAAGUAGCUUUGUCAACAUUACAUUUCAAUUAUAGUAUGCCUACUGCAUUGGAUUCCUAUAAAUGUAUAACUAGAAUUACUUUUGUACUAAUUUUUAACACUUUUGUAAAAAAAAAAAAAAAUAGGCAACAUUAAUGGUACUUAUUUGGAUGCAUUUAUAGAUUUUCAUUAUCAUACAGCACCAGCUUGAAUUUAUUCUACAAUGAUUUUAAUACUGAAAGUCUAGACUUUGUUUUUAAUACAACAGUUAUGUUUGUUUAUUGUUAAUGAAUCUAUUCAUUUUGUAUUUGUGUAAAGUUUCAAUGAACUUGUUUUAAACUUUUUAAUGCACACAUACAAAAAAUCAUUUGAAUUGUUCAUGUUUGUCUAUGGAAUAAGUCUUUCAUAUGAUUCAUAAGCACUACCAGUUAUUAAAUAACAAAAAGUCA